ACAAAAUUUAAAAUAAAAUAAAUAUUUUGAUAUGUGAUAUUCUUUUAGAAGAAGCAUGUUAAUUUUACAAAUUCAGGCAAAAACGACGAAAUUGUCCGAAAUUCACCGGUUAGUUAACUCUAUUACAUGCUAGAACACGAUUUCGGAGAAUGGCCAUCAAUAAUAUGGAAUUGGAGGAUAUCCAAAGGAAAUAUUACGUGCAAUUCAAGCAUUCUUGUUUCCUGUCCGGGCUAACGUCGCUCACUUUAUACGGGUUCUUUCAAGUUCUGAUCCAUCUCAUGAUCCCCAACAUCGAUAUUGGUCCCGAUACAAAAAGGUUAGGAGAAGUGAACGAGCACAGACCAACUAUCAAAUCACAACGACCGGUGGGUCUCCAGACAUUUUUGAACUACGAAAUCUCCAUCAAUGUAGCUUUGGUACUUUUAUCGAUUUUUAUUCUGGGAGUAUCGAUACCUAGAAAAUUAUUCCUAAAAUAUUUUUGGAUGUUGACCAUUCUAACCUGGAUGGGAUUAACAUCUUACUUGGUAGCCGAUCACAUAUUCAGUAGCACCAUUUUGCCCUCGCUCUCUCAUUCCGCCAACUCAUCCCGACCGUUAGCAUCUUCGCCCACGAUAAAAAAUACUUCGCUUUUAGUAGGCACCGAUAUUCAUCAAGCCUUCUACUUUAUAUUGCUGACGUACGCCUUCCUCCCGCUCAGCAGAGUGCAAGCAUGUUGUUCGGGCAUAAUCUUAAGCAUUAUUUACUUGGCCGCCACCUUGUUUUACCAAAAAAAGCUCAAAUCGGAUAACGAUUUCGCUAAUAACUUAUCAGGAUACACUGUAAAUUCUGGCACUCUUAAAGCAUACAAGUCUAUCGUUAAAGAUAGGAGUAUGACCAAGGAGAUUCUAGCGGCUGUCAUCAUAGUUGGAGCCGCUAAUCUUAUAGGUCUUUUUCAGAACUACAUGAUAUCAGUUUCCAGGAAAAAAAUCUUCAACGACGCUAAGAAGUUUCUGGAGUACAGGAUCAAAUUAGAAAUCGAGAAAGAACAACAAGAAAAGCUCCUUCUCAGCGUUAUUCCUCCGUAUAUAACGGAAGAGGUUAAGCAAGUCAUGCUAGAAAAACUUAAUAACAAAACCACGUCUCGCAAAUAUUCUAUACUGCAAUCCCAACAAUUCCACGAGAUGUACGUUCAACAUCACAAGAAUGUCAGCAUCCUUUAUUCGGACAUCGUAAACUUUACUCCCCUAUCUCAAGAGCUAUCGGCCGAACAAUUGGUUAGAACAUUGAAUGAAUUAUUCGGCUCGUUUGACAAAUUAGCCCAACAUAAUCAAUGUAUGCGAAUCAAAAUACUCGGAGAUUGUUAUUAUUGCGUUUCGGGUUUGCCUAUAUCUCGACCCAACCACGCUUCCAAUUGCGUUAAAAUGGGUUUAGACAUGAUUGAAACUAUAAAAACUGUUAGAGAAUCCACGGGAGUCAACGUGGAUAUGAGGAUAGGUAUCCACUCCGGAGACGUUUUGUGCGGGAUAGUUGGUCUGCUCAAAUGGCAAUACGAUGUUUGGUCGGACGACGUUUCUCUGGCAAAUAAGGUCGAAGCGGCUGGAUUACCUGGUAAGGUACACGUCACUGGAGCCACUUUGGAAUAUUUGAACGGGGAAUUCGAAGUAGAACCGGCCAACGGUCAGGAUAGGAGCGAAUAUUUAAGAGAAAACAACGUCGACACAUAUUUCAUAGUCCCUUCGAAUAUGUUGCUAAACAAACAAAACGUCCAAAAACAUUACGAAGAUAAAAAGUUGUCCAUACAAAGCUUAUCCGAUAAAAACAGGGUAUCCAGAAGUGGGAACGUGAAAUAUGUGGAAUCAUGGGGCGGCACCAAUUUAUUCCAACCUACCAUCAAUAUUAGCCAGAAGACACUAUCGCUCUUCGAAAAUAGCAUGUUCACCAAAAACAAUUUUUGGAAUAUCAGGGGUUGGUUCAACUAUAAAGAUAUAAAUCCCGUCUUCUUGUUUUACAAAGAUGGCAGAUUAGAAAAACGCUAUUAUUUUCAAUCGACGGAUCCUAUCAUCAAAAUAUCGCUCGUAUUUUGCCUCUCCACGUUUCUAUGCGUCCUUAUGACUUAUAUGCUAAUUUUUCGAAAAAAUUAUAUAUUGACCAUCGCUUACUACACCUUCGGCCUGUACAUAAUUAUACUCAUAUUCAUUUCCUAUUCGUUUCCGUUGACUAAAUUUAAGUUCAUAUUUAGAUACAUUCCAAACUAUCGAUAUAACUCGUCAAUUAAACUUUCAACUAAAAGAAGACAAUACGUGUCGAGGGUGUUCGCUUCCUUGAGCGUCAUUAUCCCGUUGAACUUAUUGAUAUUAUCGACUAUGUUUAUAUUUUACACGUCCGACGCUACGCCUCGAUAUAUCAUGUUAAGGACUUCCGUUCAUCAGUAUAAAGAUGUUUCAAGGGAAACUUAUUACGAGAUCUUUCGGUAUUUCAAUUACGUCAUAUCAAUGCUUCUAAUGGCCGUUUCCGCGUUAUCCUUUUUCACUCAACACUCUUUCGUAACUAAAUUAGUUUUGACGGUCGUAAUUAUGGGUUUUGACGUAGCGACUAUAUUCGUAGUAACGGCGAGAAUUUUUAAUCCAUUUUCCCAAAACUUUAUUCCUAUCAUCGACUCGGCAGGGAAAACCAUCUUACCCCAUAUGGAGUUGUCAAAUAUCAAGACCGACAUUUAUCGGAAUUCUAUCAACUACGGAAAUCUUACUAACAACUUCUUAGGGAACGAUAAAACUACUUUACCCUUUUCAUUCACCGAUAUACCUAGUGGCGAAUUUCCAGAGGCAUCCAGGUCCUACAAAGCUUUCAUUAACUACUUCAGAUCUCAUUCCAUCAUAUCCAUCCUAUUCCUAUGCGUAACCCUAUGUUUAUUCGACAGAAGGGUAGAAUACGAUAAUCGUCUUGACUUUUUCUGGAAAUCGAAAUUCAAAACUGAUAGGGAAGAACUUGAAACGAUGGGUUCCCUAAACAAGGUGCUAUUAGAAAAUAUUUUGCCGGCCCACGUGGCAGCCCACUUUCUCUCGCAAACUCGUGGAUUCAAUAGUUUAUAUUACAAGCAUCACGACAACGUGAGCGUACUGUUCGCGUCCAUUCCCAAUUUCAAAGAAUUCUGGGAUGAAAAUGACGUGACAAACAAAGGAUUAGAGUGCAUGAGAUUGUUGAACGAAAUCAUUUGCGAAUUCGAUAAGUUACUCCUUAAACCAAAAUUCAGCUCGGUCGAAAAAAUCAAAACGAUAGGAAGCACUUACAUGGCCGCUUGCGGACUUAGUCCCAAACGUGAAUCCCAGAAUACGUUAGCUAAACGAGAAUCUCAGGUUAUCAUUAUAUUAGAAUUUGCCCUAGCGAUGAUCAACAGCCUAGAUCUCAUCAAUAAAGAUUCCUUCAACAAUUUCCAACUUCAGAUAGGAAUAAAUUAUGGGCCAGUAAUCGCUGGUAUAGUCGGAGCUCAAAAGCCUCAGUUCGACAUAUGGGGUAAUACGGUUAACAUAGCUAGUCGAAUGGAUAGCCAUGGCAAACUCCGGAGUAUUCAAAUUACGGAAGCUACCGCUAAAAUUUUGAUAUCUCAUGGUUAUAAAUGCGAUCUCCGAGGUCCAAUAAAGAUCAAAGGGAGCGGAAUAAUGACAACAUACUUUGUUUGUCUGGAGGGAUUGAAAAAUAGAGAAUCUCGAAUUGGAUUAAUAAGCAAUUAUUAAAUUGGGUGUCCAUCAUCUUAUUUAAAAGACUUUUGCGCCAUUAAUGUAACGCGAUUUAAUUUUGUGUAUUACCAGUUAAUACCAUUUCCAUUAGUAACAAAUUUCUUGUUUGGAAAUGAAGGCUUUUAAACCUGAUUUUCACUGUCAUCUCGUGCUUAAGCAAAAAGUAAAACCAAGCUUUAACACUUAAUUAUUUUAGGAUCAAAUGAAAAAUGUUAAAGGUAGAAUGGUAAAUAAGAUAAAUGAAAAGAAUGUCGCAAACACCAAAUCUAGCCAAUACCUGAUUAUAUAUCGAUUCCAAGCAAAAAAAAAUACAAUUUAUAAUAUAGUUUAAUUUUCCUUAUUAUUAUUUAUUAUACAAAAUAUAUAUGUAUUAUACAAUAAAACCUGUCCUUAUUAUUUAU